AUGUCCGUAGGCGUACAAGCACCAGUGCCCAUCACAUCGUCGGCCUUUUUGAACACUACCGCAUCAGCUUCUUCGUCGGUUCAAGAGACACGCUCAGCCACAGCCACCGCAACAGCCACCGCCGCAUUGGCCACGACAGUCACAGUCUCAGCGUUGGACAGUAUCGUAGACGCUGCAAGCACUUUGGCGCCAGGAGGAGGCCCACUCUCGCUGGAUAAAAUCGGCACAUCCACCAUUGCCGUCGACACGUCGCGUGCGCGGAACCCAACUUCCUGUGACAUUUCGUUCGUCGGCGCCCUCUAUCCCGAGGACCUCACACGAGUCACAUUCCGCGGCCCAGUGGACACCACCGCGUUGGCUGCUCUUGACGAGCUGCCAGUCCUCACCCCGUCAUCCCUGCCGUCUCCAACACUUCCGCUGCAGGUCGUCGAGGUCACCGACCGCAUCGGCCAAGGCGCCAUCUGGAAUGCGUUUACCAUCACCCUGGCCAACGGCACGACGGCGGUCCUCAAGGUCACGUGCGUUAGCGCGUAUACGGAGGCGCAAGACGAGUGGAGCGAGAGCGCUCAGGUCCGCAAAUAUGUCGUCAAGGACGUCCAGGCGCACCUGAAGCUUGACGGCCUGAGCUGUACCCCGAAGAUGCUAGGCGUGUGGGCCGGCAUGGAUGUCGAGGGCAUGGAGUACUGGGCGUUGCUCGAGGAGCACGCUGGCGAGCCCGUGGACGUCGCCACGUUGAAUGUGGAGCAAAAACAGGUAAUCCUGACCGCGUACGCUACCAUCCACGCCCGCGGCGUCAUGCACAGCGACGUCAAGCCCAUCCACUGGACAUUGUCGCCCGAGCGUGGAAUCCAGGUUAUUGAUUUCAGCCACGCCGUCAACCUCCAGGCCUUGUCACGCGACCACGCGCGCAUGAUGUGCCUCAGCGAGAUGGGCGAUGUGAGGGACGGGCUCGGCAUCGAGGAGAGCGGGUGGACCACUGCACCGUACCAGCUUGAGGAUGCUGGAGGCUCGCAGCCCUCAGGUUGA